AUGCCGGUGAAGAAGAAGAAAAAGAAGAAGAAGAAGAAGAAGAAGAAGAAGAAAGAAAAAGAAAGAGAAGAGGAACAAGACCAAAAUGAUUCUGCUACUACUACUACUAAUACUACUGCUGCUGCUGCUGAUGAUGAUGAUGAAGAAGAAGAAGAAGAAGAAGAAGAAGAAAUAGAAGAAGAAGAAGAAGAAGAAGAAGAAGAAGAAGAACGAGGGCUCAAUGUUUGUAGUGGUCCUGUGAUCUGCUUCGCACUUGUAUCUCUCUUUCGGCAGAAAGUGAAACGCAGAGUGGCAUAAGUCUUUUACAGCGGCCAAAACAUCGCAAUAAAACAGCGGACAUGAUUCUCUUUAUGUAUGGAAUGCCUAGAUGAAUAUAGCCAUCGUACGAAGGAGUGUAUUUUCUGAAGCAUACUGUGACGGUGCGAGUGUCGGCUUGUUUUCGGCAGUGGGAGACAUGAGUCAACUGCUCUUACAGUAUAAUGGAGUCCGCCCAUGUCAUCCGUUUGUGAAAAAGCUCCUGAAAACUAUACCGCUCGCUUCCAAGCAUCACCUGAAGCAGAGCGGCAUAAUACAAAAUUUGUGAAUUUUGUCACCUCUUACAUUUAUCCAAUUCCAUAUUAGUUUCUAUUAUGCAAAUAUCCUACAUUCACACAUGGAUUUGAACUAAUUCGUACAAAUAUGCUGGAAAAAUAGGCUGCAACCUGCGUCAUCCAUCUGAUCGCUUACCUCCUAAAUUUCUCGACAGUCAGUUGGUUGCCGUUUCUGCUGAAGAUCCUGAGGUUUGAGCGCUUUCUGGAGUUCUGCUCAGUAGAGAUCACAAAGAGCUUCAGAGUCUCAAAUGAAUGAAAUGAAGUGUAUUCUAAGAAAAACCGAUGUUCGAAAAUUCCUGUGGUUAGUCAAUGUGUUUCAAGCCGAAAUAGGAUUCCCUCAGUCGGAAAUAUCUACGUGAAUGAGACCCGCUGCGGUGGGAUGUGGAUUGGUAGCCCCACCUGAAGUAAGCAAACCCCAGUCACCUCUUAUAGGGGGACAGUGGUAAUAGGGGAUUUUUAAAGGUGGAGCCGGGGAACGCACAUGCCACGAGGUCAAGUAGUUGCAUGCAAAAGAAAAGCUAUUGGAAGUGCGUGGUUGUACUUUCAAUGGUUGACAAGUAUUUGCACUAACUCCUAACCCUUACCAUAACCCCUUAAUAUAACCCCUUAUCCUAAGCCCCAACUGCUAACCCUGACCUUUAGCCCUAACCCCUAACACUAACCCCAACCCCAACGGUAUUGUGUCCAUGAGGUGGGCCUACCAAACCACCUCUUACUUCCGCUGCUAAAUGAACAACCAAUGAGUGCCUGGGGUACAGGCCAGUAUCGGGAGCACACCUGGAGCUGCUGGGCCCUGGACCGUGAGACGCCUGCACACCAGGCCAGAUAAGAUCGAUCACGCUCAAUACGUAGCCAGAUGAUGAUGAACUGAUGAAAAUAUAUACAGAAGGGUUCCUUGAAAAAAAAUCUACCUACAAGGACUAGGAAGUCUGGAAUGCCCAUUUCUGACUUAUUAGCCAUCGUCAGCCAGUCAUACCCAAUCCCGAAUUAUUGAACACCUGUGGCUCAAUCCCGCGAACUGUUAGUUAGAAGUCCAACUACUCUAACCACUGAGCCACGGGCCAGCCAUACCAGUCUCCCUUGUCCUUGUCGGUAAUGUAAGCUCUGCCUAUAUUACGCGCCGUUCUGCGGCUGCUUGGUGGGCUCGAGCGAGAGAGCGAUAGAGCCCUAAGACUCGAAGGGACGAGUGAAUUCCGUAAGAACGAUCGGUGAGCGUUCCCUACCAUUGUAAAUCCAGAUUGUUAAAUCGUCUACCUCCUCCCCCCCCCCCCUAAACCGUUUUCUAGAGGGGAAGCGAUGAUUUUCGCCUGACUGGGUUCGUAAUAAAGGGGACCUGCGCGGCAUCCUUUGCGCACUAGGUGUCAAAGGCUGGACAAAGUCAGUAGGACUGCUGACGGCUGUGGGCGCCACAGGAUGUCUGGAGUGUCAAGCCUCGUGUCUACGCGCACAGGAACGGAUUUCCUAGACACUAACCGCGCAUCCGUCAGGAAAGUCGUAAGUACCAGGUUAAGAGGGUUUAACGCUCCACAAAACUGAAUAUGUUGUUUAAGUGAAGUGAAGGACCUCACGUAGAUGCGGACCUCCGGAUGGGGACGGUGUGAUGGAAUGUCAGUGAAAAUGCUGACGCCCUUCCAUUCUCAAUCGUUGGCCCUCAUCCUCGCGGUUAUCGUCGUCAUACAUAGUCUCGCUUACCCUCACUCAAUGUCAACAUUCCCAAGACCUGCCCUCACAGUUGCUUUCGGCUCAGCAUUCCCCACCAGUGACACGACGGAACACACCUCACUCCAACUGCGACUAUUUUACAAGUAGCACUCAUUUUUUAUUUUAUAUUGUGUCCUUAUCACAUAGUUACUCAAUUAUUGUCGUUAGUAUAGUUUUCUUAUGACCUCCGCAUAUCUAUGUUCGGCUUGGUGCUUGCCAAUUCUUUUCAGUAUUCCCACGACCAAAGGUGCUUGUUUAUCCGUGUGUGUGUCCCACAAAUUCGGCCACGUGGUAGAUGCACUGGGCCAACACGGGGUCAUAUCGGAUUCUGGCAGGUGUAAUCGGAUAGCGCACCAUGACAAAUGCCGUCAUUUCGGGGUGCGGUGGCAGACUCAGUUGCCAGUGGACGUCGAGCGCACUGGCACCCCUGCAGCCCCUCCCCUCUUGUUGUUGUUGGCUAAAAACAUGGUCAUUUGCUGUGUGGACAAGGGGGGUGUGAUGUGGAACGCCAAGGUGUGGGCCCGACCGUGCUGUCCACCUGCGCCCUUCCCCGCCUCCGGUCUUCGUGACUCUGUCUUGAUACCGGGUCCAUGUGGGGGAGGAGAGAGUGCGAUGGAUGCUGUGAAAGUCCAUUCUCACUAUAAACUAGCUCACGCAAAAGUCACCGUCCCUGCUCUCACUUUGCUGUGGAGCACAUGGUGGACAUCGUCGGCAACGACGGUCAAACUAUCGUGUGUGCCACACUCAAUGUAAGUUGUCGACCGCUACAUGGAAACCAAUGUAUCCUGACCCUCGGUCGGUCAGUUGGGAACUGUCAAAGGCGCAACCUUUAGUACAGUUUAAAAUCGCGAUACAUUUGCCAUAUUCAACAAAAUAAAUUUCGAUGAUAGGAUUUUGCUAUUUAAAGCUGAUAUGAUUGCACCCGUCUUACAUGUACGAUUAUACGGGACGUACUGACUUUGAUUGCACGUUUGACUUUUCUGAAAUUUACUAUUGUCUUUUCAGGAUCGUUUCAUCGAGAAAUGCAAAAACGUCCUCAAGUCCUUUUUUCCAGAGGGGACGGAACACACAGACGACCAUGGUCGCCUAGUCAAUGAGAAACACACCCAGUAAGCUGUGCGGCUGCUGGUUGGGCUCGAGAGAGUGAGAGCCCGACGAGUGAGAUCCUUGAGCGCCCUCUUACCAGUCCUUCAGAAAUUAUUCGUAGGAACGCAAAGGAAGGGUUAUCAGUUGCAAUGGAAUUCCAGAUUAAUUUUUUUAGGUAGCAGAGCAUGCGUUAUUUCGUAAUUCCGGUCUAGGUUCACACCACGGCAUAUUUCUAACAGAAUGUUUAUGUAAUAAUAUAACCUAGAUACAUCUGAAGAUGAAGAUAAGCUCUCCGGACUAAAGUCCAAUCAGCUCCCCUCGACGGAGUGGUGACUCACAAAGCACACAGGCAAAACGCCCGUCAACCAUCUCCCGAGAGGCCGAGGCAGCCAGAGGAGAGAAAAAUCGAUCAGCAUGAGGCCGGUCAACACAACAUGCCUCUUUAAAUUAAAUUUCUGAUCGAUUUUACGCUUUGACAAUGAAGAGACGACCCAGCUCUUUGAAACCUCUGCAAUUAAAUAAACCUGUUCCGGAGAGUUUAUCUUCAUCUUCAAAUAAUCAACCCGGAUAUCUCAACUUUGCCAAUCGAGAUACAUCUGACACAGCCAAAUACAUGAACUGGUCUCCAAAUGAACAAAAAUUGACUUACUGAAAGUCCGGUCCAAAAUAAAAGGCUAUGUUAGACCGUCCAUUUCAGAGACCACUAAUGCAUUAAGAAGGUGUGUAAUCGCACGUAGUCUCUUUAAUUAAUUAAACAACUGAUCCGUCUAAUGACAUUAUUUGCACUCCCAAACAAUCCCAAAGGGCAUCCUAAACUUCUGAAUGUGAUUUCAUGUUCACGGCGUCCAUUGUGUUGACGCCCAUCAACUAGCUUUUUGUAUAUCUCAUGGUAUCAUAUCAUGCAAUUUGGAUAGCUAUUAAGUCUAGACCACAUGCUACCGCGUUUAUAUAUGAUGCAGCAUUGUUCUGUGUUCAUAUCUCGAUGAUGGUUCUAUCAAUUUAGUUUGAUUAUAGUUGGUGCAGCAAUGCAAAGUGAGUUCCCGGGUUAGUUAUGCUGGAAAUGGACGGCGAAGCGUCACGAGCCAACAAGAGAACGGUGCUUUAGUCAAAAGUAGAGAAGGGAAUGGGUUGGUGGCAGGUUAAACGAGAGAUAAAGACAAGGUUGCCCAGACUACUCAUAAAUAUUAUAAAAGGCUCUGAAAUCAUGCUAAAUAUAUACGAGUAAUGAAAGCCCAUCGUUAUAUUCUAAAUUUAACUUUCGAUAGCGGCGAGAAGAGACGAUGUACUAUCUUCUUUGAACACCUAUAACAUCCACUCAGUUAGUUAGUCGAGACACUUUGAAGAGUGCGUUGCAAGUAAUGAAUGAACCAGGUAAACCGAGGACCAUUGUGUUUGUCCAUUCGCAUCGGCUGUUGGCCAGAGCGUUGGCUGUACUAAAGCCUUUCCCUUGCUGUGGUGGGUUCAAAUCCCACCGGAGCAGCGAGUUUUUCACAGUUGGGUCAAAAUGCAUCUAGGUUUUAGGUUGAUCUCCACUUUGACAUCUCCAGGUAGACGACACCAGAGAAUGAAAACCUGAAAGCCCCAUCGUUUGGGUACGGCUUAUUGUGUCAGGUUGUUCAUUUUCUAACUACCUCACUGGGCUAUUUAAAGCAGCCUCAUUCUUCAUACUGACAGACACCAAUCUCGAACGGUGUCAUGUUUGGUGGACCGACCAAUCUGCCAACUUCAUCCAUCCGUUACGCCAAAGCUUGAGACUAGAAGAGCGGCAUGGUUAGUGUUGCUGCGAUCAGUAAUUCGGCGAUUGGGUAUAAAUGCAACACUGUCAAAAUUGUGUAUUGCCUUUCCGGUAGUCCCGUCGAACGAUAGACGAAACGUCAAGUGGAUGGGAGAGAUUGAUUUGAACCAGAGCAUGUGUGCUGGAGUGUCAGCACACGGCUUUUGAAUCUCAGUGAGAAUACCGUCCUCUCUAAAAGUCUUGUUGAUGUUGUUGUUUUGCGGUCUACGUGUAUGAUGGAAGAUGUCUUCCUGAGGGAGAUUAAGGGCUUUAGCUGCAAAGGCUGGAGAGGGGGAGGAAACUCUGCUCCUGAGCAGAUCGGCUGAUCAAAAUGCUCAUUCCAGAACUCGCCGCUCUGGCCGAUUUGUUGACAGUAAAGUCGCCAUUCAUAUCGCGAACAAAGUAACCCAAUACUAACUUGACGAAUGGUUUGGUAGUUCAAGAGUAUUGCCGACCUUUGAGCCGGUGGUUAGCCUCAGGAUGAAUUCUGAGUGGUCUGGAUUGCAAUAAGUACAGUGUCCCGAUAUCACGAAUGUCUGAUGACCUACGCAACGCAGUAUCCUUGUAUCCAGCUUUCUCAGCAAUGUUGAGAAGAGUUAAUUGUUAGGCUGCUCUUGUUGAAUCCAACUCGGUGUGUUUCACGAGCUCUGCUCUCGCUAGUCGAGUGUGCGAAAAUAUUAUCUUCGCAAACUGGCGUUAUGUGUACACAUCGAACCGAAACCGUCUGCCUAUAAUUCAAUCCCCGCAUCCUGCCUCCCCCCACGGUCUCCUUUUGCUGACUUGGCACACGUCAGUCUACUCGGCAGUUAACACACGCCAUAGGCGACUUCUAGGUAACUUAGCCUUGAUCAAAUAAAAAAUUGCGACUUCUUCUUUGAUAAUUUACACCCUCCCACUGCUGUGCCAACCACCGCACAAUCGAUUUGGCUAUGUGCUGUCGUCAACCAAUCAGAACCUGCAGGUCGUCAGCGCGUGAAUGCAUGCAUGUGUAACCUCUUGAGCCACAGUAAAAGACAGCCUUCGUGGCCCUCGUAGCAUUCCGUCUCUGCUACUCUGGUUACUACUCCGAAUGGCGCUUCGACAGGCAGAAGUAUUCGAGGACCAAUUUCCCCUGAUUCGAAGCUGUCCUGCAUUGAACGAAAUUCGCCUUGCUCAGGACAUAAAGGAUCUGCGAAUAGAGGUAAGUUUCCUUACUGCUGACGUUUGUGUGUAUGUUUGCCAGGUUAAGGGCGGGGCAGUACUCCACACCCAUCGAAUAAUAUUAGCGGCCCGUAUUCCUUCUAUGCGAGCCGCCCUCAGUGGCCCCUGUGGGGAGGAGAAUUCGGUUCUCAGAUGGCCCACAGUGCCUCUCAAGUAACAUUUCCAUCGGUUCUGCGAUGUUGCUUACUCCUUGCGCUCUUUAUAGCCUCGCAACUACAUUCAUUCAGUAUGUUUACACGGGUCAGGUGGAGAUGAUACCAAGUAAUGCGAGAGGCAUGGUUACGCUUGCCAAAAUGGUCAAACUGCCUGACCUCGUGAACUGGGGUGUUACAUUCAUGGUCAGAGGGUAACUAUCGUUCCGGUCUUACCUACGCACACUAAAGCCUCAACGUAGAAAGUCUGCCAGCAACUUGGGACUUUGCCAGGACCCUGAAUGUGGAAGUACUGGCGGAGAAGUGUAUCGGCUUUAUGAAAGAGCAGUUUGAGCACUUCGAUCAAACUGACCUCUUUGUCAGCUUGCCCGCCGAAACUGUGCUCACUCUGCUCCGAAGCGAUGAUAUCUCGGUGGAAUCUGAGGAGCAGGUUAUUGCGGCCAUUUCGCGCUGGGUGGACGCCGGUGGUGCUGCCGAUGAUGAGAAGCUGAGAGUGCACGCUCCGGCAAUGCUGAAGGAGGUGCAAUGGCAGCUGACGAGCGUGCAAUAUCGCAGUCGCCUGCUGGAUAGUUAUCCAACACUACGGAAAAGCCCCGAAUGUCUGUAAGUGUAUGCCAUUUCAGCCCUGUUAAUUUGAGAUCAAAGUUAUCUUAUGCUUCAGGUGGAGCACUGGAUUGGCGCUGCAGAGAAGGACAAGCCCCCUCGCCCCUUCAACAUCAGGCGACGUGUACGCCAGAAGUUAUUCCGAUUUGGAGAUGACAAGGAACCAGUCAUCGCUGCUGAAUACCCCCUUAUUAGGCCUGUGUCUCGGUUGCGACCACGUGCACCAGCGUUGAAAUCACUUGUUAAAAUGCCUGUGAAUCGAGAUGACAAAAAUUAAUUCCACUUUUUUGAUUCAGUAUCGUCACCACCACCACCACCACCACCACCAUCACCACCACCACCACCACCACCACCACCACCAACACCACAACCACCACCACCUCUGUCCUCUUUCGAGAUGACAAAGAACCUGUCAUCCCUGUCAUUCUUUCGAAACCCGGAAAACUGAAUUCACUGGAUCAUUACAGACUUAUGCUGCAUCAUAAUAAGUUUAACAAUACUACUUAA